AAAAUAUGUCUCUCCCAACACUACCAACUCAACCAAGCUUGUGGCUACCACAGAUCAUCACACAAGAGAUCACUGCAAGGAAGAACCAUGUCAGCUAUGGUUGCAGGUACUUCUUCUUCAUGCUCUGCCACCUUCACCACAAGGAGUAAUCAUUCCAUCAAAAACUCUCACCUCACACCUUCCAAGACACUCACUCUUCCAUGCCAGAAAACAUCUUUGCUAGGCCUUUCACUUCAUGAAGCCAAAAGGGGUAUUUCAGGAUCCUUCUUAAAUGUCAACAAAAAUGGUUCUUCCUCCAUUGCUAGAAGGAGACUUGAGAUCACUGCAAAAACUGCUGGAGCUUCAAAGACAAUUGAGGCUGAAGUUGACAAGCCACUUGGUCUCACUUUAGGCCAAAAGAGUAAUGGCGUUGUUGUCAUAACAGCUGUUGAAGGUGGGGGGAAUGCCGCAAAAGCAGGGUUAAAGUCAGGGGACCAAGUUCUUUAUACUAGCAGUUUCUUUGGAGAUGAAUUAUGGCCAGCAGAUAAGCUUGGAUUCACUAAAACUGCAAUCCAAGCUAAGCCUGAUUCUGUCUACUUUGUUGUUAGCAGAGGUGUUGAGGUAGAUACUAAAAGGCUUCCAAAGCGUCCUGCUCCUCCUCGCUUCGGGAGAAAAUUGACCGAGACUCAAAAGGCUAGAGCUACUCACAUUUGUCUUGACUGUGGAUACAUAUACUUCUUACCAAAAUCUUUUGAUGAACAGCCGGAUACAUAUAGUUGUCCACAAUGUCAAGCACCAAAGAAGAGAUUUGCUGAAUAUGAUGUUAACACUGGAAGAGCUAUUGGUGGUGGAGGCUUGCCUCCUAUUGGAGUUAUUAUUGGACUUGUGGCUGGUUUAGGUGCUGUUGGAGCUUUGCUUGUUUUUGGUCUUCAGUAAUAUACAUUGAUUUUCUGUACUCCAAAGUUGUCCAGUGUAAUAAUCUUGGGAGUUUGUAUCUCAGAAACUUAUUGUAUGAGAUUGAACAUGUGCUGCAAAAAGAAUUCCAACUAUUAGCAGUUUUCAAA